AUGCUACCAUUCCGGCGUCUUCAGUUAUCGGUCUCUGAAUUCGCCACGUUCAAAGCGGCGCUGUUUUUCAAUCCCGAUGCGCUCGAUUUAUCGAGUCAAGCUAAACCUCAUGUGUAUGAGGAGAGGAAUAGGUAUCUGAGUGCUUUAUUCACAUGUAUCACAAAUAAGCUCGGCAUGGCUGCUGGUGUUCAGAAAUAUGGCAGCCUUCUAAUGAUGACAGCCAGUAUACAGAAUAUUUUGGCUCAGAAUGAGGAGAACAUGCAAGUGAUGGAAUUGUUCAAGAAUUGGGAAGUGGAUCCAUUCGUGAAAGAGCUGUGUAUGAAACGGGCCUGA